CGAAGGCGAGAGGCCGGGGCUGAGGCCGGGGUCGGGGCCGGGGCUCUGAGGGCCGUGGGACGACAGGCGGCGGCGACCCGGGGCCCGAGCCCGGAGGCAGGAGCGGCCACCAUGUCCGAGAGCAUCAUAAUCCGUGUCCAGUCCCCUGAUGGGGUAAAGCGGAUCACAGCAACAAAGAGAGAAACAGCUGCAACAUUUUUGAAAAAGCUUACACAGUUAGAUAAAAUGGCGCUGACUUUUUCUCCUUUGAACAGACAUGGCGAUUUAUUGUUCCUGUUUCCCUCAAACCUUGCUGGACCUUCAUCUGAAAUGGAGACAUCAGCCUCAGUAGGGUUAAAGGUCUUUGGCACUCCCAAUGUGGUAGAGGAUGAGAUUGAUCAGUACCUCAGCAAGCAGGAUGGGAAGAUCUACAGAAGCCGGGAUCCACAACUAUGCCGUCAUGGCCCCUUGGGAAAGUGUGUGCACUGUGUCCCGCUAGAGCCAUUUGAUGAGGACUACCUGAACCACCUGGAGCCUCCUGUGAAGCACAUGUCCUUCCAUGCCUAUAUCCGGAAGCUGACUGGAGGGGCUGACAAAGGGAAGUUCGUUGCCUUGGAGAACAUCAGCUGCAAGAUUAAGUCAGGGUGUGAGGGACAUCUCCCAUGGCCCAAUGGCAUCUGCACAAAGUGCCAGCCCAGUGCUAUCACGUUGAAUAGACAGAAAUACAGACAUGUGGACAACAUCAUGUUUGAGAAUCACACCGUUGCAGACCGCUUCCUCGACUUCUGGAGGAAGACAGGGAACCAGCAUUUUGGGUACUUGUAUGGACGGUACACGGAGCACAAAGACAUUCCUCUUGGCAUCAGGGCCGAAGUGGCUGCAAUUUAUGAACCACCUCAGAUUGGUACACAGAACAGCCUGGAACUUCUAGAAGACCCGAAAGCUGAGGUAGUUGAUGAGAUUGCUGCCAAACUUGGCCUAAGGAAGGUUGGCUGGAUAUUCACAGACCUCGUCUCAGAAGAUACCCGCAAGGGCACAGUCCGAUACAGUCGAAAUAAGGACACUUACUUUCUGAGUUCAGAAGAGUGCAUCACUGCAGGAGACUUCCAAAACAAGCACCCCAACAUCUGUCGGCUCUCCCCUGAUGGCCAUUUUGGAUCCAAGUUUGUUACUGCAGUGGCCACAGGUGGUCCCGACAACCAGGUACACUUUGAAGGGUACCAAGUGUCCAAUCAGUGUAUGGCGCUGGUCCGAGAUGAAUGUCUGCUGCCAUGUAAAGACGCCCCCGAGCUUGGCUAUGCCAAGGAAUCCAGCAGCGAGCAGUACGUGCCUGAUGUGUUUUAUAAGGAUAUAGACAAGUUUGGCAACGAGAUCACCCAGCUGGCCCGGCCCUUGCCUGUGGAAUAUCUAAUCAUAGACAUCACAACAACCUUCCCCAAGGAUCCAGUUUACACAUUUUCUAUUUCGCAAAAUCCAUUUCCUAUUGAAAACCGGGAUGUACUAGGUGAGACACAGGACUUCCACAGUUUGGCCACCUAUUUGUCCCAGAAUACCUCGUCUGUGUUCUUGGAUACCAUCUCGGAUUUCCACCUAUUGCUGUUUCUGGUCACCAAUGAAGUUAUGCCUCUUCAGGACAGCAUUAGCCUGCUGUUGGAGGCAGUGAGAACCAGAAAUGAGGAGCUGGCACAGACGUGGAAGAAGUCUGAGCAGUGGGCCACCAUUGAGCAGCUGUGCAGCACUGUUGGUGUGCAGCUCCCAGGCCUCCAUGAGUAUGGCGCUGUCGGAGGCUCCACACAUGCUGCCACUGCCACCAUGUGGGCCUGUCAGCACUGCACCUUCAUGAACCAGCCCGGCACAGGUCACUGCGAGAUGUGCAGCCUUCCCAGGACCUAGAGCUCCGGCCCUCUGCUGAGUGGACUGGGCUAGCCCAGCCCUCUGAAGCCAGGAGUGUGAUGUGUCCCCUGUGUGGCCGAAGCCAGCAGCCCUGCAGGGACAGGACCAGCUGCCCUGGUAUCUUGGACCCACCAAAGCUUCUCAGCGCCAAUCCUGGAGAGGUGGCUCUGGCAGGUGUGCUGGGCCUGAAUAUAGCCAGCCUCCCAACUGGAAAUGCCAAGCUACCCUGCCCAGGAAUAUCCCACACGCCUUGCGCAGUGCACAACCCCACCAUGGUGGAAGGACCAGGCACCUCCACAUUAUCACCUGGGGAGGGGGUGCAGGAGUGGUGGCUGCUGCUACCAGCUUUCCUUUCUCCUCUUUUCAGUGCUUUUUAUUCUUCAUCCCACUCUGUGUGUUUGGUUGGGAGCUCUUGGAUACCUCUAUUCUGUUGCUCUGGGGUAGAACCAUGUCCUUCUCAUGUGAGUGUCUGCCAUCUGGUGGGAACACAUGUGGCCAAGCCACACUUUCCUUGGCUUGACCUGCAAAUUAGUGGGCUGCCUUCCCUUCUCUCACCUAGCAAUCAGGUGGGAUUUUAAAGUCUGCGUUGGUUGUUAAUAAUCAGUACUUUGUGCCCCAGAAGACUUAUAUUUAUUGUUUUAAGGUAAAACUGCACAAUAGAGGAGGGAGAGACACUACACUAGUGUCCUCCUCUUCCAUUUUUUAGUGCAGCCCUUCUGGGUGUUCAGGGUGGUCAGUAGACAGGGGCACUGUCAGUUCGCCUCGCAAACCUCAGUGCCUGAGACUUUUCUACCAAGCCACACAGCUAUGGCAGCUGGCGAUGUCGGUAGCCGAGCAAGAGAGUGGUGCCCUUCACCCGGCAGGCAACCUCUACAGACAACUGGGAUGAGUGAGCACUGGGGCUCUGGUCAUUUCUCCCUAACACUGUUCCUCUCUCCAUGGCGUCUUUAUGCUGUGGCCAUUGAAGUGGGCCCAGAAGAAGGAGCCUUAUGAAAUCUCUGAGGCUUAGAGGGUUGAUACUAUGUGAGAUCCAGAAAUCCAGAACAGGUUCCAGUGCUUAUGAGUGUGCCAUGUGGCUAUGGUUUGGCCCUUUUCCCAGGCGAGCUAUGAGCAUCUUAAUGCCUCUUUGCCUUAAUGAGAGCCAAAUCAGCUGUGCUGGCCCUGGGAAAGGCCAGCCCGGUGGUGGGCAGUUGGAGAACUGUCACCUUUGUAGCAAGCUCAGGAAGCACCCCCAGUCUUUGGUCCUGUGGACAGAGAAACCUGGCUUGCUUACUGUACCGUGGCAGGGGUAUGGCUGAUACCCUAAGCUACUUGACAUGGAUCUCGUGAAGGCCGAUAUUUCAGUUGCUUCUGAGGCUAUGGGCCUAUUAUGUCAGGCCACGGCUCUUGCGGAGGCAGGUGGGUUAGAGGAGGUAGAAACUAGCCAGGUGAGUAGCCUGUCUGCCAGCGUGCUAUGGAGAUUAUGCCAAGGCUGUCUGGCCUGUCUCCUGGCAGCUGCCUUGGCUGGGGUUUUGUCCUCUUCUGUCUUGUCUGGGCCCUAAGAUCAGCUGUAAGAGGAUGCUGUGUUGAUUGUUCAUCUGUUUCCAAGGCUAUUCAUUCCAGCACAGCUGCCCACUCUGGGCAGGCACUGGACAGUGCAGACUUCCAGAGUCUUUGCUGCCACUGCUACCAUUGUCUCCUUUCCCACUCUUCUCUUUAUCCACCAAGCUCAUUUCCUUUCCUCCUCAACCAGUAUUUUCUUGCUCUGAAGUUCUGGCAUCCACAUAGUUCAUAGUUCAUGUUUUCUUUUGUCUUUUAGCUAAAGAAAAACUGUUGUGAUUUCUCUGCUUAUGGUUUUGAGUUACUCUUUGUUCAGUAAUGCACUUUAUUUUAUUGUCCAAAGAGAGUCAAUCUAAUGCUACCAGCUGGGCUGAGCCCCACCAAGGGUUAGGCCUAACUGGUCAUAUCUUACACGAAAGUGGCUCCAGUCCCACCUCACAUCCCCUGUGGACACCCCCGCUCAUGUCAGCAGGUACCCCAGCCCAGAGAGGAGUGCCUGAGUGCACAUCUGUCCAAGUGAACACAGCAGCUGCUGAGGUCCUAUCCUGGCCCAUAGGUGGAGUCUGGCCCUGCCCACCCAGCCCACCUCCAACAGUCUGUUCCUGGGACAUAGGUGCUCCGCUUCAGCUCUGCUUUGGGCUCACAGGUGUGUGUUGGCUGGAUUUGGACUAGCAUUACCUUGACCCCAGCCUUGCAGUGGAACCUAAUAAAAAGCGCCUGAAGCGAC